AUGUCCAAUCCAUACCAAGGUAAUGGCCAACAACAAGGCAAUGACCAACAACAGGGAAAUGCCAAUCAAAAUUACCAACAAUACUACCAAAACCAACAAGCUAAUGGUUACCAAGGCUACCAAUCCUUUGUCCCUCAACAAGGUGGCUAUCAAGGUUACAAUCAACAACAACAACAACCUCAGCAAGGGUACCAAUCAUACCAAGGUUACAACCAACAACAACAACCUCAACAAGGAUACCAAUCAUACCAAGGUUACAACCAACAACAACAACCUCAACAAGGUGGAUACCAAUCUUAUAACCAAUACCAAGAUGGUGCUCGUGGUGGAUACAAUCAAAAUCAACAAGGUUACAACAGUUACCAACAGGCUCCACAACAAGCUCAAGGUAUGUCAUUGAAGGAUUUCCAAAGUAGUCAGCAAGCUCCCGCUACUCAAAAGCCAAAGGUGAAGAAGACUUUGAAAUUGGUGUCUAGUUCUGGUAUUAAAUUAGCUAAUGCUACCAAGAAGGUCGAAGCUGAAAAGAAACCUGAAGCAAAGAAGGAAGUGGAAACUCCAGCUGUGAAGGAAACCAAAGAAGCAAAUAACAAGACUGAACUACCAAACGUCGCUGAUUUGAAGAUUAGUGAAGACAAGGAUAAGGCUAGUGCUCCAACUUCUGCUGGUACUACAACUGAAACUUCUGCUCCAACCAGUGCUGAUGCUUUAAUUAAGGAACAAGAAGAUGAAGUCGAUGAAGAAGUUGUUAAUGAUAUGUUCGGUGGUAAAGAUCAUGUUUCCAUUAUCUUCAUGGGUCAUGUCGAUGCAGGUAAAUCCACCAUGGGUGGUAACCUUUUGUACUUGACUGGUUCCGUUGAUAAGAGAACCAUUGAAAAAUAUGAAAGAGAAGCAAAGGAUGCUGGGAGACAAGGUUGGUAUUUAUCAUGGGUUAUGGAUACCAAUAAGGAAGAAAGAAACGAUGGUAAGACUAUCGAAGUCGGUAAGGCUUAUUUCGAAACUGAAAAGAGACGUUAUACUAUCUUGGAUGCACCAGGUCAUAAAAUGUAUGUUUCUGAAAUGAUUGGUGGUGCUUCUCAAGCUGAUGUUGGUAUCUUAGUUAUUUCUGCUAGAAAGGGUGAAUACGAAACUGGGUUCGAAAAGGGUGGUCAAACACGUGAACAUGCUUUAUUAGCUAAGACUCAAGGUGUUAACAAGAUGAUUGUCACCAUUAACAAGAUGGACGAUCCAACCGUUGACUGGUCUGAAGAACGUUACAAUCAAUGUGUUGACAACUUGACUAAUUUCUUAAAAGCAAUUGGUUAUAGCAAGCAAGAUCUUGUCUUCAUGCCAGUCUCUGGUUACAGUGGUGCUAACUUGAGAGAUCGCGUUGAUCCAAAGAUUUGCCCAUGGUAUACUGGUCCAUCAUUAUUAGAAUAUCUAGAUGGCAUGACUCAUGUCGAUCGUCACGUCAAUGCCCCAUUCAUGUUACCAAUUGCUUCCAAGAUGAAGGAUAUGGGUACCAUCGUUGAAGGUAAGAUUGAAUCUGGUCAUAUUAAGAAGGGUCAAUCUACACUUAUGAUGCCUAACAAGGUUACCGUGGAAAUUCAAAAUAUUUAUAAUGAAACUGAAGCUGAAGUUGAUAUGGCUGUCUGUGGUGAACAAGUUAAAUUGAGAAUUAAAGGUGUUGAAGAAGAAGAUGUCUCUGCUGGGUUUGUGUUGACUUCUCCAAAGAAUCCAAUUAAGAAUGUGACUAAAUUUGUUGCUCAAAUCGCCAUUGUGGAAUUGAGGUCCAUUAUGUCAGCAGGUUAUUCUUGUGUCAUGCAUGUGCAUACUGCCAUUGAAGAAGUUACCAUUACAAGACUUUUACAUAAGCUAGAAAAGGGUACCAAUCGUAAAUCUAAGAAACCACCUGCUUUUGCCAAGAAGGGUAUGAAAGUUAUUGUUGUUAUAGAGACCGAAGUACCAGUUUGUGUUGAAACUUACGAAGAUUACCCACAAUUAGGUAGAUUCACUUUGAGAGAUCAAGGUACCACCAUUGCAAUUGGUAAAAUUAUGAAAAUCAUUGAAUGA